AUAUUUUACUUAACUUUGCCUUUUCAUCCGCUCCUUCCCCCAGGAUUUCGUCACAAUGACAGACUCAGCUGUGGCGGAUCACCUGACAAGACUGAAACUCAAACUCCUUGAGAAGAAACUAGAAAAUGAACAGGAAACUAUGGAGGACUGUGAAUCUCCUGUUCCGGAAACACGGAAUUACAGCGCCCAUGACUAUGCCUUACAAAGCGCACUCAGGCGAAGGAAAAACCUUCUUCAGCAACUCAAGGAACAAAACCUUUUGGAAGAAUUCUCUAGACCACAUGUAUCACCACGAAUUCAAAGAAAGCACUACAGACAGGAACCAGAUUAUGUCUACCAAGCUUCUUCUCCCGCUCCUCCUCCUCCACCGCCACCGCCGCCACCACCACCAAGGAUUAUCCAGCAAACAUUGCCUCAGCAGCCAGCAACCAUUAUUCAGCAGAUCCCUCAGCACCCGCUGAUUACUCAGAUUCCUUCCCCACAAGCUUUCCCAGCCCCCCGCUCUGGGAGCAUUAAGGAAGAUAUGGUGGAAAUGAUGCUGAUGCAAAAUGCUCAGAUGCACCAGAUCAUUAUGCAGAACAUGAUGCUGAAAUCUCUGCCACCACCGGCAUAUUCACCAGCUAACGGGCCUGCGGCUCCUCUGCUUCACCACGGACAGCAGCUUACUGCCCCUAUUGUGGUACGAACCGAGAAACCCCGACCGUCAACUGUCCACCAUCAUCACUAUACAUCCUCAGGGGUGCCAGCUAUGCCCCCUCAGCUUGGCUUUCCCCUCUGGCCUUCAGUAAUGCCACCUGUUCUUGGCACACAACUGGGAGGAUUCCCAUCCGAUUCCCACCAUCUGCCCAUCCCAACUACUGCAACACACAUGGUACCAGCCCAUGGACUGUAUGGAUUACCCUCAGGCUUGUAGAUUUCUACA